GGGUCCUGAGAGGGGGGCCGAAAGGACGCCGCCUCGCACGGCUGGCGAGGGCGAGGCGCUUUGGCGGGGGAGCCUGCUGCGGAGGGCGGGGCCGGGCCGACGGACGCCUCCUCCCUCCCUCCUCCCCUCCCUCCCUCCUUCCCUCCUCCGCCUUCCCUCCCUCCCCGGUCGCAGGCGGACUCGGCGGCGGCGGCUCGGGCGCUCGCUCCGGGGUGGGGUGGGGGGGAUCCGCGGUUGGUUGGUUGCUUCUUUGGUCGAGGCCAAGCAGCGCGUGGAGGAACCUGAGAUUGCUUUCCCCAUUCAAGUGAAGUGGAAUGAAGCAACAAACUAUGGGAUCACACUCAAGAUAACGCUUCUGGAAAGACUGUCUCAUGGCUCUCUUCUUUUUGAGUGGUUUAUAUCUACAUUUUUGAUGGUUUUCAUAUCUGAAGGAUUUAUUUUUCAUUUGGAAAUAUUUAAAAUAAUUAAUUGUUUGUUCUUGGAGACAACUUGCUCCUGUAGAACACUGUAAGACAUGGGAGACAUGGCUAACAACUCGGUUGCAUAUAGCGGCGUAAAAUAUACUAUAAAAGAUUCAAAUCAUGGAGAAUUUGGCAUCACACUUGAAGAGCUCCGGGACCUUAUGGAAUUGCGUGCUGCUGAUGCUUUGCAUAAAAUACAAGACUGCUAUGGAGAUGUGUAUGGAAUCUGUACAAGAUUGAAAACCUCUCCAAAUGAAGGCUUAAGUGGAAACCCAGCAGAUAUAGAGAGGAGAGCAGCUGUGUUUGGGAAGAACUUUAUACCUCCUAAAAAGCCAAAAACUUUUCUCCAGUUAGUAUGGGAAGCACUACAGGAUGUUACUUUAAUUAUAUUAGAAAUUGCAGCCAUAGUAUCAUUGGGCCUUUCUUUUUACCAACCUCCUGGUGGGAAUGAAGCACUAUGUGGAACAGUAGCCGUUGGAGAAGAAGAGGAAGAAGGGGAAACAGGCUGGAUUGAAGGCGCCGCCAUCCUCCUGUCUGUUGUUUGUGUGGUAUUAGUGACAGCUUUCAAUGACUGGAGUAAAGAGAAACAGUUUAGGGGGUUGCAAAGCCGGAUUGAACAAGAACAGAAGUUUACUGUCAUCAGGGGUGGCCAAGUCAUCCAGAUACCCAUAGCUGACAUUAUUGUUGGUGAUAUUGCACAAGUAAAAUAUGGUGAUCUUUUACCAGCAGAUGGUGUACUUAUACAAGGAAAUGACCUCAAAAUCGAUGAAAGUUCACUGACUGGAGAAUCUGAUCAUGUUAAGAAAACAUUGGAUCGAGAUCCUAUGUUGCUCUCAGGUACUCACGUAAUGGAGGGUUCAGGAAGAAUGGUAGUUACUGCAGUAGGUGUGAAUUCACAAACUGGAAUUAUCUUUACCUUGCUUGGUGCUGGAGCUGAUGAUGAAGAAGAGAAAAAAGAAAAGGAGAAAAAAGAUAAGAAAAAUAAAAAACAAGAUGGUGCUAUUGAAAACCGUAAUAAAGCAAAGGCUCAGGAUGGUGCUGCUAUGGAAAUGCAGCCCCUGAAAAGUGAAGAUGGUGUUGAUGGGGAUGAUAAAAAAAGAAACAACAUGCCCAAGAAAGAAAAAUCAGUUCUACAAGGGAAACUCACAAAAUUAGCCGUUCAGAUUGGCAAAGCAGGAUUACUCAUGUCAGCCAUCACAGUCAUCAUUCUUGUAUUGUUUUUUGUAAUUGAUACCUUUUGGGUCCAAAAACGCCCAUGGCUAGCGGAAUGCACACCUAUAUAUAUUCAGUAUUUUGUGAAGUUCUUCAUCAUUGGUGUUACCGUUCUGGUUGUGGCAGUUCCAGAAGGUCUUCCGCUUGCAGUAACUAUCUCACUCGCUUACUCUGUAAAGAAAAUGAUGAAGGAUAAUAAUUUGGUCAGACAUCUGGAUGCUUGUGAAACAAUGGGAAAUGCAACAGCCAUUUGCUCGGAUAAAACAGGAACACUGACAAUGAACAGAAUGACAGUAGUCCAAGCCUUUAUCAGUGAAAAGCAUUACAAAAAAAUUCCAGAGGCACAAGCUAUUCCUGAGAAAACUUUGUCAUACCUUGUAACAGGAAUCUCUGUUAAUUGUGCUUAUACUUCCAAAAUCUUGCCUCCUGAAAAGGAAGGUGGACUGCCCCGCCAUGUUGGUAAUAAAACUGAAUGUGCCUUGCUGGGACUACUACUGGAUUUGAAACGAGAUUAUCAGGACGUUAGAAAUGAAAUCCCAGAAGAGGCACUCUACAAAGUCUACACUUUUAAUUCAGUCAGGAAAUCAAUGAGUACUGUGCUGAAGAACUCGGAUGGCAGUUUCCGGAUAUUCAGCAAGGGUGCCUCAGAGAUAGUACUUAAAAAAUGUUUUAAGAUAUUGAGCGCAAAUGGUGAACCCAAAGUAUUCAGACCAAGGGACCGUGAUGAUAUUGUAAAAACGGUGAUUGAGCCCAUGGCCUCAGAGGGACUCAGAACCAUAUGCCUAGCAUUCAGAGACUUCCCAGCUGGUGAACCUGAGCCAGAGUGGGACAAUGAAAAUGACAUUGUCACUGGUCUUACAUGCAUUGCUGUUGUGGGCAUUGAAGAUCCUGUGAGGCCUGAGGUACCAGAUGCAAUUAAAAAAUGCCAGCGUGCUGGUAUAACUGUACGUAUGGUUACUGGUGAUAAUAUUAACACUGCCCGUGCUAUUGCUUUGAAAUGUGGCAUUUUGCAUCCUGGUGAAGAUUUCUUAUGUUUAGAAGGCAAAGAAUUCAAUAGGCGAAUACGUAAUGAAAAAGGAGAGAUAGAACAGGAACGAAUAGACAAAAUUUGGCCCAAACUCCGUGUUCUUGCAAGGUCUUCCCCCACUGACAAACACACAUUGGUGAAAGGCAUAAUAGACAGCACUGUUUGUGAACAGAGGCAAGUUGUAGCAGUGACUGGUGAUGGAACUAAUGAUGGACCUGCUUUAAAAAAAGCAGAUGUUGGUUUUGCUAUGGGUAUUGCUGGAACCGAUGUUGCUAAAGAAGCUUCUGACAUUAUUCUUACAGAUGACAACUUUUCAAGCAUUGUUAAAGCUGUAAUGUGGGGACGAAAUGUGUAUGACAGUAUCUCCAAAUUCCUUCAGUUCCAGCUUACUGUCAAUGUAGUAGCAGUAAUUGUUGCUUUCACAGGAGCCUGCAUUACGCAAGAUUCUCCACUUAAAGCUGUUCAGAUGCUAUGGGUAAAUCUCAUAAUGGACACACUGGCUUCACUUGCACUGGCAACAGAACCCCCCACGGAAGCUCUCUUGCUGAGAAAACCUUAUGGUAGAAAUAAACCUCUCAUCUCGCGCACCAUGAUGAAGAAUAUUUUGGGCCAUGCUUUCUACCAGCUUGUGGUUGUCUUUACACUUCUUUUUGCUGGUGAACAAAUCUUUGACAUCGACAGUGGAAGAAAUGCACCUCUUCAUGCUCCUCCUUCAGAGCACUAUACUAUUGUAUUUAACACAUUUGUGAUGAUGCAGCUUUUUAAUGAAAUAAACGCCCGAAAAAUUCAUGGUGAAAGGAAUGUAUUUGAAGGAAUAUUCAAUAAUGCUAUAUUCUGCACUAUAGUUCUUGGCACCUUUAUUGUACAGAUAGUUAUUGUGCAGUUUGGUGGAAAGCCUUUCAGUUGUUCAGAGCUUACAGUUGAACAGUGGCUAUGGUCAAUAUUUCUAGGAAUGGGAACACUUCUUUGGGGCCAGUUGAUAUCAACAAUUCCAACGAGUCAUUUGAAAUUCCUUAAAGAAGCUGGCCAUGGAACACAGAAAGAUGAGAUUCCAGAAGAAGAGUUAGCAGAAGAUGUUGAAGAGAUUGAUCAUGCUGAAAGAGAGCUACGGCGUGGUCAGAUCUUGUGGUUUAGGGGCCUAAACAGGAUACAAACUCAGAUGGAUGUAGUGAAUGCUUUCCAGAGUGGAACUUCCAUUCAGGGGGCUCUAAGGCGGCAGCCUUCCAUCGCCAGCCAGCAUCACGAUGUAACAAAUAUUUCUACCCCUACACAUAUCCGAGUGGUGAAUGCGUUUCGUAGUUCCUUAUAUGAAGGAUUGGAAAAACCUGAGACACGAAGUUCAAUCCACAACUUUAUGACACAUCCAGAGUUUAGAAUAGAAGAUUCUGAGACUCAUAUUCCUCUUAUUGAUGAUACUGAUGCUGAAGAUGACGCUCCAACAAAGCGCAACUCAACUCCUCUUCCACCCUCUCCCAACAAAAAUAACAAUGCGGUUGACAGUGGAAUUCAUCUUAUAACAGACUUGAAGAAGUCUGCUACCUCUUCAUCCCCAGGGAGCCCACUACAUAGUUUGGAAACAUCGCUCUGAUUGUAAGCUGAAUGUUAACACAUUAGCUGCAUUGUAAAGAAACAAAUUGAAACUGGGUCUUCUUCACUCAUGGUGAUGGGCAAGAUGGUAUUCUUGUCUGGGACUUCAAUACGAAGAUACACUUGUACGAAUGUAGAUUUAUUUUUUUAAAAAAAGCUUUCCGCCAGACUUGAGGGUGCUUUUGGGGGUGGGUGGGAGUAAUAAUGAACUCUGACAGAGAAACAGUUACUUGGCUUAAGUGACCUGUGGAUCAUCAACUAUACUUAAGAAUGGCCCUUAAGAAUGUCUUAGCAGAGCUUUAGUUUCUCAUUCCUUCUGAGGAGAGGGCUGAAACGAGCAAAGGAGCCCUGGAUCACUGAAUUGAUACCUUUCAUUUCUGCUGUUGGCUGUUAAUAAUUUGGAUUAUUUAUGUUUAUAAAUGAUACAGAUCUGUUUACAAGGUUUGUAGAUACUUUUUUGUUCCUGUUCAUAGAUGGGAAGCUUCCUUAUAAAUGAUGCAGAGAAGAAAAUUAGUCCAUCAAAUACUGCUGUAUUUUCAGGAAAGGGUGUUUCUAUUGAAACUGUACUAAAUUUUUUGCCUGCAACAUACCUUGUUAAAUAUUGUAGAUAAAAUUGCUACUACUAAUAGCCAAAUAGGUGACACUAAUGCUUUGUAAAAACCAUGAGCAGUGGUGUUCUAAUGAAGUUAUGGCCUCUGUCCUAAUUAGUUUCUUAAACAUUUACUACUUAAUGGUUUUGAAACAACUGUAAAAAUUUUAAAAAUUGAGAAACUUGCUGAAUAACUUCUGUUCAGAAUUUAGUAGAGGAUUGUUUAAUGCAGGACAAUGUGAUGAAAAUUUGCUUGAAAUACUUUUGUUAUCUCAGGCAAAAUGGAUUAAAUCAAAAUACAUCAGAAUCUUAGUCCUUUUUGUUUUUGUCUAAACACAGUAGCUUAUUGCUGUCUUGGUGAGCUGUGAGUGGAGCUGUUUAUUUUUAUGAUCUUUACAGCAUGAGGGCUGUUGGCAUUUGGAAAGUUAUGAGUAGGUGACAUACGUGUUUUCUUUUUGUUUUGAAAUUCAAUUGUGUAAAAAUAAAUCAGCCCUUUUGUUAAAAUAAACAUGCAGCAAUGGUUUUUACAGGAUUCAGCAUCUCUGCAAAUACUAUGGUAAUUGAUUUUAGUAGCUUCAUUUAGGAGGAAAGUUAAUGCAAGUUGUUCCAAAAAUAAUUUUGCUACUGUCAUUGGUGAAACAAAUAAGAGAAUAGUUCAGACUAUAAACCUUUUCCAAAGCUAUAAAAAUGGUAGCACAAAUUGUUCUGUUCCAAAGUUCACUUUGGCUUCUAUGGGGGAAAACCAUACUACUUACAAAAGCUUUCAAAUGUCUAAUAUAAGCACCUUCUUCUAAGACCAAUACCAAACCAGACUGCAAGAAGCUGAAUAACAUAUACCCCUUUGAAAACUGGAGAUGUUUCUAACAACAACCUUGUGUUACAGUCCAUUCCUUAUUGGUUUUUUUCCUGCCUCUUAACCCUUUUGUCCUCUUGAAGGUCUUGCACUUCUCUUUUUGCUAGUGGAGCCAAAUAAGGACUAGGAAUAUGCUACUCAGGAAGCUAGUUUGAUGAUGAAAAGACUGUCAAAUGGAAAAGUGAAAUAGGAUUAUUUGAGAGUCAUUCCUUGCAUUGAGAGUCUGGUAUUACUCUUCUAAGUGAUUUGUUAUUUUUCAAAAUCCUUUUGUAAGAGCAAUGCCUUUCUCAUAAGGGAACCUAGUACGAAUCAGCUUUGAAUGUAUUUGCUUGCCCUUUACCAGAAACAGUAUAGUGUGGGAAAGUGAGAGUAAAUGAGAAUACAGCAUACCAUAUAUAGGGUAUGCCGAAUGAAAUGUAUCAACAUGGCCAUACUUUAUGAGUGUUCAUUUGAUUUUUGGAGAAGUAAUGCCUGACAGUUAAACACACACUGUGUCAUAGUUAGAUACUAUGAUACCAACUUCCAAGGAAAAUAUUUAAGGUUAUGAUCUUCAAAGAACACAAUUUAUAUUUGCCCUUGAGAUUUUACACACAUUGCAUCCCACUAUCAACCACUCACUCAGGAUGAUUUCCCCUUAGACUAAUCUGGAACUCACUAUUUUUAUAGUCACACUUGUACUUUACAUGGCAUUUCUUCUCCUAAUGGUGAAGCAGCACAUUUUGGGAGAUAAGUUACUCUCAUAAACAGGAGAAAAGUGUGCUUGCAACUUAUAUAGAGAAGUGAAAUUGAAUUACUGAAACUAUCUCAUGUGAGACUCAGUGUAAUAGUAUUUGUUACCUUUUUACCUUGCUAUUUGAACAGAAACCUGUUUUUUUGUUCUGUUUAAUGGUAGUCACGACUACACUCUAAUGUCCAAAAUGUACUGUGAAUUCUACAUUUCAGAUAUCUGCAAGAAAUUUAACUGUAGACUUUGUGCACAAAUUAACCUUUCUGAUCCUGUUGGCAGCAGUACAUUGAAUCUUAACAAAAAGUGUAAAUGUAAUCUAAAAUCAGGCAUAACUGUUCAAUAACCUGAGUACUGUGAAAGCAAGAUACCAUAACAUCAUGUUAAGUUAUCAAAACACUCAUUUUCGCUUUUCAAUUGCUGAGCCCCAAAUUUGCUUUUUCUGGUUGUAAGACCUACUUAUCUUGCUCAAUGUAAAAUAAAUAAAUAAAUGUGCUGUUUAUCUGUCUCUGAAUAGGGACUGAAAUGUUUGAAACUAUUUUCAUUGAAAUAUAUAACUUUAUUCUAAGUAAGCAA